GGGACAGACGAAACACGUCGCCAUAUUGAAUUGUGGAAAGUUUACGGUUAGAGAAAGUGAAAUCCCCGAGUUUAUCUACGGUAACAGCUGGGACCUGUCCACAUACCUGUCAGGUACAAGUUGACAGAGGUGCGCGCGCAUUGGGUAUUCAGCGCCACGUUCAAUGUAUUGCACCAAUCAGCGAGAGGGUGGCCAGUAAAGUUGAGUGUCGGCACAUGGUCUAGAAGUAUAACAAAACAUUUGGUGGUGGUCUUGCCUCGAGUUCUAGUCAGUUAGCAAGACGCAAGGGACAUGGCCCCAUAUCUGGUAGCGUUGUUUUGCGCCUCAGCUGGGAAGAAUGGAGAAGAACUGGGUUCGGAUGAGGAACAGAUUGUGUUAUUCGUCUACCUGUUGUUUGAUGUCACCAAUAACAAGGUGAUUGCAGUUCAACAUCACUAUGUGAAACCACAGCCUAACGAACUGUCGGAAACUUUGUUGACUGAAGACUGCAAGACAGAAACUGGGAUAGAUGAAAACGCUGUUAAAAACGGACAGUCACUGGACCAUGUAUUGGAGGAGUUUGACCGGUUCCUGUGUGCUAAAGGUGCCCACCCUGACCACGGGUCAAGGACAUUCUGUUUUGUGACGGAUGGUCAGAACCAUCUACGUCAGCUGCUGCACCCGGAGGCAUGUACCAAGAACAUCUCCCUUCAGUCUUACUGUGGCUCCUUCUACGAUCUCAGGAGGGAAUUCAAGAGAUUCUACAAAACGGACACUAUAAAAAAUAUCAAAGAAAUGUUGGAAUACCUGGGUCUACAAGAGGACCAGUCCGUGGAGUAUGGCGUCAGACAAUGCCAGGAAAUGGCCAGCAUCCUACACAGACUCAUCAACGAUGGUCACGUGCUAGUCGAGCCAGAAAUCAUCAGUGAGCGCCUGGAACCAGGGAUAUGCAGCAAGACUGACAUCGUCGACGACAAUACGGUUGUCCGGGCACGUGGGUUGCCAUGGCAAUCAUCAGACCAGGACAUCGCACGUUUCUUCAAGGGCUUGAAUAUAGCAAAGGGAGGUGUGGCGCUGUGUUUGAGCCCUCAGGGACGACGGAAUGGUGAGGCCCUCGUGAGGUUUGAUGGGGAGGUUCACCGCGAUUUAGCGCUAAAGCGUCACAAACAUCAUAUAGGACAGCGUUAUAUCGAGGUGUACAAGGCCACAGGCAAAGACUUCGUCAACGUGGCAGGAGGGAGUAAUUCAGAGGCACAAGCUUUUCUUUCACGUGGAGGUCAAGUUAUAAUACGCAUGCGCGGACUUCCCUUCACGGCGACUUCUCAACAAGUGCUGGAGUUCUUCGCGAGAGAGCCGAAUCCAUGUCAAGUAUUGGACGGAGAGGACGGUAUCCUGUUCGUCCACUACCCUGACGGGCGCUCUACCGGAGAUGCGUUUGUUCUGUUUACCUCCGAGGACGAGUCAAACAAAGCCCUGAAGAAGCACCGGGAGAUCAUGGGCACACGAUACAUCGAGCUGUUUAAGAGCACGACAGCGGAAGUCCAGCAGGUUCUCAAUAGGAGCAUGGAUCCUCGCAACCCCGAACAGCAGGAUGGACAACUUCCGCCACUCAUUGCGCAGCUUCCGGCGCAAGCAACAACAGUGCCUACCAUCAUUCCUCAAAACCUAAUCACUGCUGGGACAAGGAAAGACUGUGUGCGCCUGCGCAACUUGCCUACCAUAGCACAAGUGACAGAUAUUCUGACAUUCCUAGGCGAAUAUUCUCAGUUUAUCGUGUAUCAAGGAGUACACAUGGUCUAUACAGCUCAGGGUGAGCCUUCAGGAGAGGCGUUCAUACAGAUGGACUCGGAAGAAGCCUCCAGCAUGACCGCAAUCAACCGACACCGGCGACCGAUGACAUUUGCCAACAAGAAGCGCUUGAUUGACGUCAUACAGUGCUCUGGCGAUGACAUGAGCCUCGUUCUGACAAAUGGCAUGCCAAUGGCCACCAUUCCCCAAGCACCUGCACAGAUGAUACAGAGACAGAUCUUAACACCUGUAACAGCACCGACCAUCAUGCCGUCAUUGGGGACGUUGCCAUACGCCCAGUUGCCACAGCCACUGCCAGCCGCCUUUCCCCCGACGAUGACUCACAUCCCCCAGCGUCCGGCGACAUCCUUCUACCCUCCCAUCCUCUACUGGUACCCCAGCCCCCCUGUCUCCCCUCAGACUUAUCUCACCCAUACUGGCCCCUCGGUCAUCGUAAUGAGAGGCCUGCCCUAUAAUGUAACCGUCCAGGACAUUAUCAAUUACUUCCAAGGAUUCCCAGAGGUGAGCCCAGACACAGUCCAACUUCAACACAGCGCUGACGGGAAGCCCAAUGGCGACGCUUUGAUCACGUUCUCGUCACGUGCUGAAGGCGAGAGAGCUAUCAUCGAGAAAAACAGGCGCCAUUUGGGCAACCGCUUCAUAGAGCUUUUCAUGGCAUGAUCACGUGAUGAUCACGUGAUGAUCACGUGAUGGGAGUCCAUGACAACAGACCUGCGCAUUAUGACUGAAAAUGGUGACACAUCAAUUCUGCCCGGCCCGGCAAACGUGCUGCCUGACGUUGUUUUAUUAUAUUUUACGUCCCCUCCACAUGCCAAUACGGCCGAUCUGGAAGGAAAAACGCCAGCUUUUAGUUUACCAGACUAAAAAGGGUACUUUUUAUUGUGUAAUUUGAGAGAUUUAUUGUGCUUUCUGUACAGUGUCGACUGUCGCAAUGUUUGAGAAUAAGCUAAACCAGAUCUUAUUUAUUUUGUGUUGAAAUUUUAACACAUAUUUUUCUAGUUGUAAAAUAUUAAAACCACUUUCAUAUUUAUAUACACUAUCAACCAUGCAUUCCUCAUCAUGUCGACUUGUAGACAAUGAAAAUUGUAACUAUUUAUUGGAUGUCGAUAUUACUGUUGUAUUUGUAAAAUAACGUGUUUUAUCUUGUUACUGAAUAGAUGAAUUAUAUAUACAUAUACAUUAAUUUAGAAUAUUUUAACGAGCGGUCUUCUACAGACCACUCCAGUGUUGUACAUAGAGACUUGUAUAGGAUUUGUUGUGUACAUAUUUUGAUGACGUCAUUGUUAUUUGUUAUGUCUGUUGAUGACGUCGCGUUUUGACGACGGCCUUAUUUUGUGUAUAAGCCCUCUGCGCAACUGGUAAUCUAGUCACUUACACGUUACCACACCCUGGCCGCUGAAGCCUGUCUCUGGCCCCAUCCACGGACUCAUGAUAAUCGUAUUUCCGUGAUGAAAUAAUUUGAUCUUUUUGUCCUGCAUUUGACCGAAUGUUGUACAUGUCUGAGGGUUAUUACCGAUCUUGAUUAUUUUUACCAUAUUAAAUUCCCUUCCAAAGGUAUUGCCCUAUUUUGGAAAUGUGCCUUACUUACGAAACGCCAAAAUAUCUGUGAUUGAACCAAAUUAUUUUUUAAGGAUGGAGUUUAUGGUACGACUUUGCAAUAAGAAUUUAUGAAUUGGAUAAAAAAAACCACAUUGGUCGAGCCUCCCUCAAUCUUGACUUCCACUUGGACCAAAGAUAAGGAAACGUGUUCUCCUUUGAGUCAUAGACGUGUAUAGAAAUUCAUGGCUACACUCGAAAUCAAACUUAACAGCUGCAAUUACCUUCUAGUUAUUUGUGAUGUAUUUAAUCACGACAAUGAAUAUGUGCCUUUAUAUCAUAUUUUUUUGCAAUAUUGCAAACAUAUUGAGUGCAUGUUAUAUCUAUGGCUGACAGCUGAUUAUUGUAGUAGUGAUGUCGUGUGUCGUGUAGAUGGCGUGGGGUCGAGAUGCCGGUGCUCACCGCAGUUAUUGAAAGGUCUGAAUGAACCCAAUUACCAUCAGGGAUCUAUCUGUACACUUUCUUUGCCAUAAGUAUGGAUACUGCAGUUUCUUUUGCAUGCUAUUUGUAUCAUUUUUAUUUAUUAAUAUACAUAUGAAGGUAACGUUUGAGGUAUACCUGUACAUCAUUCUGAAACUUGGGUUCUAGAUAUUGUCAGUAUUAUAACGCCCACAUUAACAGUGCAACGAAACUUUCUAUUCUGGAUCUGUCCCAGACAUAUUCCCUGAGCCUUCAAUGAUUGUGGUGAGCAAAGCUUGAGGUUAUGUCGUCAGUGAUUGCUUCCUCGGUUAGCGUGCAAAACUCAAAUAUUUGAUUCUAAUUUGCUCAAUAUUUGAUUAUUUGAAAUUUGUACACGUAUCGUACUCGGAAGAAAUACGAAAUUAAGUACAUGUAAUGGCAAAUUGUUAACGCCAUUGUCUAGCCUGUCUCACCGGAAGUGCGAUCUUGCCAUGCGUCUGCCGAGGAAGCAGUUCCGGGUCACGGUUCGUAGGGUAUGGGCACUGUGAUGCAUUUUUGAAGCAAUCUCAUUUUACUGUCUGACGUCGUUGCGGGUGUUAAAACACCAACUAAAUGGCGAUAUUAUGGAGUAAGAAGUAUAAUGUUAUGGCACAGUCGUGCAGGUAGAUGUUAGCUAUGCUGGCACCCAUAGGGUGCGGUCCUUGUCUAGUUGAUCUACAUUAUUUUAAUGUGCAAUAUCAUCAUUUGUCAACAGUGCAUGCAAAAUGUGCAGGUUGCUGCGCAUUGUAUAUUUACUUGGGUUUUGUAGAUCUGUGCUUUAUUUCUGACAGCAAUCACGAAUCAUGACGUCGUUGAGUCGUCACCUAGAUUUACGUCUAUGAUUGUAUUUUUUGCGGGCACCUGUCCAUCUGAUUGUACUAAGUGUAGCUAGUAAGCUCAUACUCCUGAAUAAACUCCCUUCAUACACUUGGUGGUGGUGCUGAUGCUUUUAUCAUGGUGAUGGUUCGAAACUAUCUUUACUGCUGACUCUACUCGUCAACGAAUAUGGCGUUGUCAACACUUCCUAUACCGGGACGAAGCCAAUAAACCCGUUUAUCCAGCCCCUCCUCCUACUAACUGUCUCCCCUAAACCCCUUUGCUCAUGCGCGGGACUGGAAAGCGAUUGUAUGAUACUCUUUCGUGACAACGUGACGUUGCUUUAACUAUGUAACAAAAUAAUCCGUUUUGAUCAAGCUUAAUACAAAUCUAUUUUAUCAAUCAACGAGGGAAACGUAAGUUAUGAGUGUCGCAAUAUCAUGUAUUAAUCUUAACGGUUGCUGUAGUGAUGGUUGCUAUAGCAGCGUAUCUCUCCCAAUUUUCACCUAAUCCAAUGGUGGUGGGAUGCGCACGCAGCUUUCUGCGGUUUACGGGCCUUGUGUUUCAGUUUCAACAUUGCCGAGGUGUGAGUUACGCAAACCCCUCACGUAAAAUUCUAAUAGAUCACUGGUUUGCUUAUAUUUGUGCUAUGUCCGUCCCAUUCACAGGUCUCCAUACUUUUAAUCACUCACCCCUAGCAGCCCCGUCAAGAUCACGUCAAGAUCACGUUAUGAUCAUGUGACGAUUUGACCUGGGCUGGUCAGUGCUUCUCUUUCAGAAAAGAGGAGAGAGAUACGUGCCAGAGAAACUAGUCAUAUUUAUCUGAUCUUAAUAUUUUUAAGCGAUGCCUCCAUGCCCUGCUUGGAGCUCAGGCCACGUGUCCUGGUGACAUGGCCGCCAUUAUACGCCAUCACUCAUGUCAAGAUUUUUAUCUUGUCUCCUAUUUUCAUAGAUUUAUUUAGAAGUCGCCACAUUUGGCAGUUAUAAUGUAUUCUAUUCGUGUAAGUAUUGCCCUUUUAAUUUAUUUCGUGAAAUAAACGUAUCGAUCGUUAGUUAAAAUAUUGAAUACAA